CAAUACUGCCGUCUGUUUCCUGCAUUCUCAGCCUGCUCUAGCACAGAUAUGAUCACCUAGAGAUUCUGCGAGUAUGGCCAGAAGCCCCAACUUCUAUAUCCUUAUGCUCCCUCUCUACUGUCAAGUAGUUUUUGUCAAUGCCACACUGAACGUCAGUCAAACUCCUACGAAUUUAUCGGUUACAAAGGGAGACAAUGCCAGUAUAACUUGCUCCUGGGAAGCUGAGGAUCAGGACGAGAGGAUCAGAGUCUGGUGGAAAAUAUAUUAUGAAUCAGCGAGUGCAGCUCAUGAUGGGACAGUUUUAGCAUCUCUUAUAUGGACAAACAAUAAAUCAGAGGUCAGAAUAAGAUCUCGGAAUCAGAGUGACUAUCAGUUAACAAAGGAUAAAGCCAAGCUCUGGCUUUUCUUUGUCAAUGAGAGCGACGCCGGAACUUACAUUUGUGAGAUCACCAUUGAUAAACCAGAUCUUCGAUCUGGAAAAGGAAAAGGCACAACAUUGUAUGUCACUGACUCUGUCUCAUCCCCAACCGCUCUUGCCAACAUUGCUUAUCUAGCUGUGUUUCUCAUCCUCGUCACUGUCAUAUUGUUGGGAUAUUUACUGUACAAAAGGAGAAAGAAAGAAAAUAUCCAUCUUUUACAUCAAAGAGCACCAGAAGCUGUGCAACUGAAUGAAAUACAUGAAAAUAUGAACGACGGGGAGGACAGUUCUUCAUCAAAUUCUGUGAGAUGGGCUGUUUCAACACUUUAUGAAUCCUGUGACUAUUUUGCAAUGAAAACUCCUGAGACUCCAGAAGGUGCAGUCUACAGCCUGGCUCUGUAAAUUCUUGGAAUGUAACUUCCAAUGCACAUAUAAAUAUUCUGAAGCAUUAAGAUGGGAGCCAGAUCAGUGUUAGUGGAGUCUUGUCUAGGAAGCAAACUGGUAGCCCAUUUUAACGUCUUUAGAAAUGUAAUGUCUUUAGAAGUUUUAAAAAAAAAUGGGACGAUGACAAUUCCUUAAAUGCCCAUCAGGAAUGAGAAUAUUAUUAUAAGAGGAUCUCUGAAGAAGUUUAUACACCACUCUCUCUCUCGAUUUUCUUGAAAUGCCUGGAAAAUUUAUCUUGGCGACUUCUAAGACCUUCAAAAGUCUGUAUUGCACGGACGGUGUCUGACAUUCUGAAAAACGAUUGGUCAGAUUCUCUUCUGGACCUUUUAACUAAUGGAAUGAGACAUCUGAACACAGGCACUCCAAGCAUGGACAUGUGGAGAAAUGAGGAAAAUCCCACCAUUCUGUGAAAGGACAUAAUGUGCUUUGGAAUUGUAAAUGUUUGCUUCUAAAGGGAGAUUUCUGAGUACUAUUGAAUUUACUAUGCUUAUUUAUAUUAACAUUAAAUAACUAAAUACUGCUACAGACCAAUUAUAAAACAUGCAGUCUUAUUUACAUUGGCAGAUGAUACCCUACUACUGAAUUUUUUUUUAUUAAAUACGUGGAAAUUUUUAUUUUUUA